UCACAACUUAAUUAUUGGUAAGAAAAAAGUAAAAAGAAAGGUAAAAGAAGAGAAAAAGCUGCAGCCAGGGAGAAAAUCACAAAGUACCCCAAACUAACACAUUUUUUGAAACCAGCAGUUCAGCCAGGAAGUGUUUCGAUACCAACAGAAACUACAAAUAAUUCUGAUUGUCAUUAUUUGAAUACCAGAGUAGAGUCAAAUAGGUUGGUAUGCGAGUCUACAUCAAAUAGCAUAACAAUUCCGCCUAUUUUUCUCAGUGAUGAUCCUUCUGACCUUCUGAGUGGCCAGAUAAUGUUUCCAACGCACAAAGGUGUGACAUUUUUUUAAAACGGGGUUUCAAAAAAGUUGAAGUUGAUUUUCCAUACAAUUUAGAAAGAAGACGAUUUUCAAUAAAUUAUUAUAAUCGUAAGAUGAAGAAUGGAGAAAUCUUCGAACGGACAUGGCUCAUAUAUUCUUUGAAUAGCAAUAAGUGUUUUGUUUUUGUUGCAAACAUUUUGGGAUAACCUCUUCACCAUUCCGACAAGGAAUGAACACUUGGGAAGGCUUAUCAAAAAAACUUAAAGAACAUGAACCAUGCAGUGCACAUUUCAAGUGCUUUGAACAAUGGAUGACUUUACGAAAAGGUAUAGCAAAUCAAGCUACCAUAGACGAGCAACAACAAAAGUUGCUUCAUAAAGAGCGGACAUUUUGGAGAGCUGUGUUAGAAAGAAUACUUGACAUUACCUUAUUUCUUUCUCCAAGAAAUAUUGCAUUCCGUGGUUCAGACACAACCAUUGGUUCUAAGAGCAAUGGAAACUUUCUUGGGGUGUUUGAAUUACUGGCUGAGUACGAUACCGUUCUCAUUGAGCUUAUGCACAGAAUUCAGGACAAAGAUACCAAGGAGCACUAUUUGAGCAAUGGCACACAGAACGAGUUGAUUAGACUUUUAGCCAAGGAGAUUGAAUUCAAAAACCUAUCUAGGGUAAAAAAGGAAAAGUACUAUUCAAUUAUUUUAGAUUGUACGCCAGACAUUUCGCACAAAGAACAAAUGAGCAUUAUUCUGCGAUCAGUAACAUGUACGCUUGGAGUAGGUAUUGACAUUUCCGAAAAUUUUUUUGGAUAUCUCACAGUAAAUGAAACCACUGGAAUAGGGCUUUUUGAUGCAUUUUUAAAUCAGGCAAUAGAUUGGGAUUUAAAUAAUUUAGACUGUUGAGGUCAAUCUUAUGAUAAAGGUGCUAAUAUGAAAGGAAAAG